AUGGCAAUGAUGACUGGCCGUGUGCUGCUGGUGUGUGCCCUCUGCGUGCUGUGGUGCGGUAUUGAUGGAGUUGCUGAGACCGAGGAACCUGGAAUUGGAGUGGUGCCCGGUGUGGAUGAGUAUUUGGGUGUGGAGUGGCGCUCUCAGCUGCCGAGGGAUGC